AUGGGGCGGGAAUUGCGUGGGCGGGGCCCUGAAGUGGCCAAGGGCCUUCUCGGGAGGACGGGGUUUGCGCUGGGAGCGGCCCAGGGGCGUGGCCCUCAUAUAGCCGCCUGGCCUCAGGGCUCGCUACCUCUGUCGCCGCUGAGCAUGUUCUCCCGGGCGCCGGCUGACCGCGGGCUCCUGCUGUUGCCGCCACUCUUACCGCUGCCGCAGGUGGCGCUGGGUUUCGUGGAAGGCAGCUGCGACCCCUCGGACCAGUGCCCGCCCCAGGCCCGCUGGAGCAGCCUGUGGCACGUGGGGCUUAUCCUGCUCACUGCCCUCCUGCUGCUGCUCUGUGGAGUCUCGGCCAGCUGUGUCCGGUUCUGCCACCUCCGGAAGCGGGCACACUCGCAGCCACACCUGUGGCCGGCCCCUGAGCCUUGGGACCUGACAGCCAUUCCCGUGGACAGUGACAGCCCAGCGCACAGCACUGUGACCUCCUACAGCUCCAUGCAGUGCUGGCUGGGCAUGCAGCUACCCCUGCCCUUCGGGGAGCUGGACCUCGACUCCACGACCCCUCCGGCCUACAGCCUGUACACCCCUGAGCCGCCGCCUUCCUAUGAGGAGGCCGUCAAGAUGACGAAGACCAGACAGGAAGAGCCACCCCCCUCCCUGUAACCCAGCCUCCCCUGGGGCCUCGUGCCUCGAGACCCCUCCAGGGCUCUAGGAGCCAGGCCCCAAUGCCCAGGACCCCUAGCUGUGGCCCUGGUGCCCCGUAGUGGGGGCAGGAAAGCUCUCCCAAGCCUCCCAGUGCCACAGGCCACUCUGCUCACAGGGGACUGUGCAAGGGCACCCAGCCUGUCCUCACCGUCCUUUCCUCAGGAAGGCCAGCCAUCCAUCACAUUGCUGCAGCCCUGGACUCGUUGCUGUGUAACACUGGACAGCCAAGCUGACUGGCCCUCUGUUGGACACACACACACACACACACACACACAUGCUGCUACAUCCAGCCCUGGCCCCUAGCCCAGCCCCAGCAGGCCCUCAGCCCAGAGGAGGCCCCAAAGGUCUAAGCCUCAGGGCUCAGGGCUUGCUGUGAUGUCCUCAGCUUCUCAGAGAGAAAAUAAAGUUUGUAUCUAGGUGA